AUGGGUAGAUUACAUUUAAAUCUAUUACUGUUGCUCUCAAUAAGUUUAUUUACAGUUCAAGUGAAUGGUCAAUGGUUGGAAAUUAAAAAUUACUUUAGAUUGUUCGGUGACCCAGUUUGCAAUGUAAAUACUCAGUGGCUUGGUGGAGUGAGUGCUUAUCCAACCUGUGACGGAAAAGGAAAUGUUUUGACAUUGACUGUUCUAAAUAUUGGUGGAUCUUCUCCAUUGGCUAUGACACCACAAUUGGCAAAUCAUCCAACUCUAGAUACAUUGUAUUUUGCUAAUAUCCAAAAAGGUAUAACUUUUCCAACUUCUGAUAUGACAAAUAUGACAGGUCUACGUAAUGUUAACAUCUCAGUUAAUACAAUUUCACCAUCAACUGUUUUCGAUUUCUCGAAAGCUACUAGUCUUCAAACUCUGUUAUCACUAAAAUUAUCAACUAACUUUAUUUUACAAAGUGCUCUCAAGACUAAUGUAAAUUUCCCUUUAGACUUUACUGUAUUCACUAAAAUUCCAUCACUUAAGUAUUUAUUUUUAAAUGGUCUUACAGCUAAUCCAACAGAGUUUAUGCCGAUCGCUUCUAUAAAUUGGCCAUCAUUAAUAUCUUUAGAGUUGAUUGGUUCAGGAUUUAAUGGUACAAUGGAUCCUAAAUUUUUCUAUCUCCCAUCAUUAAAGUCAUUCACUGUAGUUAAUAGUCCAUUGUUGACCUUUGAAAUUCCAAAUAAUUUGUAUGAUGGAAGUUUAACUACUUUGAACAUUACCAAUACAAACUGUGGUGGUACACUUCCAGUUAAUAUUAUCAAUCGUAGUAUUACAAGAUUGGACAUUAGAAAAACAGCAAUCAGUGGAGCACUUCCAUCUCCAUUCUUAUGUUUGCCACCUGAUGUCACCAAUCCAAACGUUCCAACCAAUCCAAAAUACCUUUUCGAUAAAGUUUUCACAAAUUACAAUACUACUUAUCAAGGUCUUUGUAUUCCAAAUAUUACAUCUAUUUCACCAUAUCCACUUCAAAUAAAUAGUACUAUUACUUUGAGUGGAAACAACAUUGCUGGUGUCAAUGGUUACUAUUUGAUAAAGAUGUCGAACACUGUUGGAGAUCAAGUAAAUAUCAAUUGCAUCAUGGUAGAUGGAGAAACUAUUGUUUGUACCAAUGGUCAAAUUCAAGGUGAAGGAACAUUAAAUAUUCAGAUUUUCAAUGGAAACAAUCCACCACCACAAGAUUCAAUUGAUUUUGCCUAUCAAGCACCACUCAUUCUUUCGGCAACACCAUGUCCAACACUCGGUGGUAACAUCACAUUGACUGGAUACGACCUUGUUGACCCAGUUGGUAUCCAAGAGAAUUCCGGUAUCGUCAUCCUCGGAAAGCGUUGUGAGAACAUUCAAAUUAUCGUUCCCUAUCGUGUAGUAUCUUGUUACUACCCACCAGGAAUUGUCUCAAACGUCCCCAUUUCCUUCAAAGUCAAAGGAUUGAUGAGCACCAAUUCUAGUGUCAACUUCUUCUACAAAGCACCCUAUGUAAUCUCAUCGAAUGCUAUUCUUCCAAAUGUAGAGUCUGACUUGAUCAUUUCAGGUUCUGAUUUCUGGAAUGACAAGGAUUUGAUCACAGUCACCAUUGGACCAAACCAAAUCAAUUGUCCAGUCUCAUUGGUCAACCACAAUAUCAUCAUCUGUAGAUUCCCAGCGACUCCAUACGUCACUGGUUCUAUGAGCAUCAACGUAACAGUUCUAUCCCAAAGUUCUCAACCCAAUGGACUAUUCCAGUUCAUCGAUGAGAAUCUCUGUCCAAAAUCAUGUAGUGGUAAAGGUGUUUGUAGUGUAUCCGUUGGAUUCUGUAUUUGUGAAGAUUUGUAUGGACCAGCUUGUACCCAAACACCAAUUCAAACCGCAUAUGAAUUAGAAACAGGAACACCUCUUUUAACUAUUUCAGCUGAGAACAAUAAGACUCAGUUGCAAGCAACAUUGGUUUCAGUUAUUGAGAAUGGUGCCGAAACUUUGAUUCCAUCCAAUUGGAUUGUCACUCAGAAUGACACCUACGCCGUUUACAAUUGGACUUCAAAGAUGAUUGUCACCAUCCGAAAGAAUGUUGCAGACGGAAGUGAGCAAUUGGGUGGUCUGAAUUACACUUACCCAGCCAACAGCUAUGCUUAUUCUGUUGAGUAUACCAACACUUUGAUGCCAUCACCAUCUUUGCAAUUCAAAUUCUCAAUCAAAGUUAUUCCAGAGGAAUGCGAAGUUCCUCCAAUGACACUGGCCUAUCCAACCACCGAUAACUCUAGCGAAACACAAUCGGCUGAUCUGCAUUGGUCAUUGCUCACUCAGUAUCAAACACAAUGGUCAGCUCGUUAUCCUCAAUCGGCCAACGUCAACUCUGGAUACGGAUCGGUAAAGUCACGUGUACUCUCACAAACUGGAUCCAGUCAAAUUCUCCUGGUAACCGUACUACCAGGUACUGCGCAACAAGAAGAUAUCUUUGAAACUCGUUUCGAAAUGGAUUUCACUGCCUACCAAGCAACAGAUAGCAGAACUCCAGGUGGUAGCUGUAAGGGCUCAUCGAGUGAGGACAACAGAUGGAAGAUUGCAGUUGGUGUUGUUGUUGGUGUAGUUGGUGCCGCCAUAUUCGCAGUUCUCCUCUUCUACAUUUUCAGACAAAAGACCAAACUUGACGAAACAAAAAGAUUAUUAGAUAAGAAAUUAGCAGAAUUGAACGGGCUAUAA